AUGUGCUGCGCAUUAGCAACCUAUAAAUAAAAGUCUUCAGCGAAUUCCACAACUUGGAAUAUAACUGUUACUAAUUACUAGUGUUUGCCUAAACAAAUUGUGAAGGGAAUGAUGCAGCCGCAAGCUUUGUCAGCAACAUCACAAAUUUAAUAUUCCUGUAAUUCGGGAAGCUAUAGUGUUAACCAAACCUCUUGCACAUCAAAUUAAAAUUGUUCAAGUUCAUCUUGUUGCGCUUUUGACUUUGGCUAGGUUGGAGCUAAGACUCCGGUUCAACUCAAUACAAGUUAUUGCUAACCUAGAUCCUUGGCAUUAGACUCUUAAAUCACAUUAAUGUUUGUAAAUAAUACUAGCCCAAUUUAUACCCCUCCCAUAACCUUAUUAAUGGCUUGCAUUCCUGACUCAAACUAUAAUAAUGAUUAUUCAUAAGGAAACUAUUCUUACAAUAGCAACAAUAGUUCAAGUGGUGAUUAGGAUAAAGCUUAUGAUGAUUAUGUAAAGCAAAAGUACGAAGGAAUGUUUAGUGCUGGCUUUUAAGGAGACUGUUCAAGUAUCAGUCUUAUGGACUUUGUAAAAAAGAGCUUUGCGAAUGUAAUAUAUUUCUCCCUAGUUGUAAGCACUACAAUCAUUGGUACUAUAAAUAUCAUCUGA